AUGUGCCAAGGGAGCCCCUCUUCCUUCCUUCCUUCCUUCCCACGGACGUAUUACGCGCUUGUUGCAUUCAUGUCCCGCCGCCCUCGUUCCAGCCCCACAGCGACCCUGAGAGGCCGCGGAGAAAUCCAACCGGUGGAGCUUCAUGGAACACCUGGCCGGCUCCGAGCGGUCUGUGGCGGGAGGGAGUGGCCGCGCCGUCCGGGGCUGGCGGCCGGGGCGUGUCGGGGGCCGUCCAGGCGGCCCGGAGGCAGGGCUGGAGGGGGAGCCAGGCUGCCUGGGGCUGCGGCGGGGUCGGGGCUGGAGCGAGAGAGCGGCCGCGCCUCCCUUUCCCUCAGCCAGACGGCGCAGAGGACCGACGGAGAGAGCCGCCCGCCGCCGGCCUUGCCUCCCUGCCUGCCUGCCUUCCUCCCGCGCCCGCCCCGUCCGCAUGGGCCGCCGCUGACCGUCGCCCCUCGCCCGCCCGUCCGCCCGCUCGCCAUGGAGGUGGCGCGGCUGCUCCUGCUGCUGCUGCCCUGCCUGGCCGCCCGAGCAGCCGAACCGGUGGACGUCUUGAAAGUGUUGCAGCUGCAGAACCAGCCCGAGGGCAUCCGCAAGACCACGGGCUUCUGCCCCAAGAGGCGCUCAGGAUCGGGGCCCGACGUGGCCUACCGGAUAUCAAGGCAGGCGCAGAUCAGCGCCCCCACCCGGCAGCUUUUCCCAGGCAAAUUCCCAGAGGAUUUCUCCAUCAUGGCCCUGGUGAAGCCCAAAUCCGGACUCCAGGCGUUCCUGCUCUCCAUCUACAACCAGCAUGGCACCCAGCAGCUGGGCGUGGAGCUGGGCCGCUCCCCCGUCUUCCUCUAUGAGGACCAGAGCGGGCGCCCUGCCCCAGAGGACUACCCCAUCUUCCGAGGGGUCAACCUGGCCGACGGCAAGUGGCACCGGGUGGCUCUGAGCGUCAGCAAGAAGCAGGUGACCUUGAUCCUAGACUGCAAGAAGAAAGUGACCCGCCCUUUGCCCCGCGGCAACCAGCCGGCCAUCGACACGCGCGGCAUCACCGUCUUUGGAACCCGCAUCCUGGACGAGGAGGUCUUCGAGGGUGACAUCCAGCAGCUGCUCAUCUCCUCCAGCCCCCAAGCAGCCUACGACUUCUGCGAAGACUUCAGCCCCGACUGCGACGUGAAGGCCGCCCAGAAGCCCCAAGCGCAGGAGGCCCAGAGAAACCCCAGCAGACCUGAGGUGAGGUGAGGGGGGCAGAGGAGCCGGGUUCCAGGAAAGGGGUCCACGUCCCACCCCCCUUCCACCUCCUCAGCAUCCUUGCUGGGCAGUCGGGGAAAGUCUGUUUGCUUCUGGGAGGAGGAAGCCAGGAGGCGGUUCUGUGUUCGAAACACAGUCUGAACCUUCACCUGCCCUCCUGGGAGGGGGGUUGUUGUUGAGGA